CUCGUCCUCAACCGUCACGUCCGUUGCCAAAGUCAUCUUGUGUUGCGAGUCCUAAAAAGCAAGCAAUAUAGCCAUGUCUCUCGCGCCGCCACCACCAUCAACUCACCGACGCCCGACUGCUAGUGGUCGACAGCGGGAGAAUAGGCUUCAACCGACUGCAUCAAGCACAUUGACACGAAGGCGCAAGUCGCGCUCUCCGGACUUACGUAUACCUGAGGAGCUUCCUCUGGCGCGCAAUGAUCCAGGCAGUCGGAAGAAGAAGAGACCUCUCGUUGCAUCCUCCUCGUCAGCACCCAACGACCUAGUAACUCACGCUGACGAUGCUGGCUCCGAACGAGAGCGGAAACCCAGAAGUAAACACAGACCGUUGUCCAUGCUUGUCGAGGGAAGCGAGACCAUCCUACGACUCUGCGGAAACAGUGGCUCGAGUAGUAGUCGGGGCAAACGGAAAGAGCGAUCGAAGUCCCGCGACACGCAACAUCGCCUGUCCCUCAGAUUACCGUCUCCAGAACCCAUGGAGCUCGAUAAUCCACCAGAGGACCCAUGUGACGAUUCUGAACAUUCUCGUUUGAAGCAAGAGAUCGAGCACUUGAAGAAGCAAUUGGCCCUAUCGAAGAGAGCGCAACACAAGUUAAGCAAGGAAAACAGUGAUUUGAAGAAAGAGCUCGUCAAUUCUGUCAAGAUCCACAAAGACCACGUCAAGGAAGCGGAGAGACUUCAGACUCAACACAAGAAGUCGGAAGAGCUAGUGAGCAACAUCGAGACUAAUCUGACUUGUCAGAUUUGUAUGGACCUCCUUUCGAGACCGCAUGGACUAUCUCCUUGCGGACAUGUUCUUUGUCAGCGGUGUCUGCAGGAAUGGUUCCGCUCUGCCCCCACUGGAGAUGACGACAUGCACGAUGAUAACGAUCCCGAGUCUCUCCUAUAUCGCAGGAAGACCUGUCCAUGCUGCCGCACCGCAGUGGAGGGUCGGCCGAUACCUUUGUUCCUCGUGAAGUCUAUUACGUCUGUGCUUGGAGAGGCGAGAACCCCACCGGGCGCUCCGCGUCUGCCUACACCUCCUCCAGAAGACGACCCAUGGGCGGGUAUAUUCUUUCACCCGGAUGCCUUCGCUCAGUUCGAGGAUUUCUUCGAGAGCGAUGAGGAAGAGGAAGACCAGGAGGAUUACGACGACGACGACGAUGAUGAUGACGACUGGUCGGCCGACGGCUAUGGAACGCAAGAAGACGAAGAGCAAUACGAGGGACGGUACGUCCAGCCGCGGUGGGCGCCGCCCAGGUCAUCCGCCCGAGACGAGGACGUCGAGUAUAUGGACCACCUGAGCGACGACGACCUCGCAAUGCUCCGUCGAGGAGCGACGCCCCAGAUGAUCGAACUCUUCGCGAUGGGGUAUACGCACGCAGCAGGACUGACCGCGGUCCUGGAGGAAACCGGCACCACAGUGUACCUCGGGUGGAACAUCCGCCUGCACACCGGCGACGAGUCCGGGGAGAUCUUCAUGGACUGGAUAUCCGCGGACAUGUACGAGCGCCCGGAGAGAUGGAACAUUAUUGUGAACCCGCGCGGGAAUGUGUCGGCGUAUAAGCUGGUGCCAGAGGGCGAAGACGAGGAAUACGAUACAAGCGAGUCAGAGGUCUGGGCAGCGAUGGCGGACCGCUCCGCAUCCGACGAUGAGUGGUGAGAGUGAGACGGACGUUUUCAACCCUGACUACUAUGAUGGUUCUAGUCGUCCAUAGGCCUGUUCUACGGUGUCAGACGUGAUUGUUCUGGUAUGCAGCUCCCAAGGAGUAUAAUUAUUUAUACGGCUCUGCGUGUACAUACAGACCUCCGCAUUAAUCAUCAUGUGUAUAGCUAAAGCACGGAAACAAUGUCGUGUAUUCUUCAUAUUCAAUAUUUCACCGGUAU